AUGGGACACCAAGGCUUUGGCUCUUUUCAACCGUUCUUCUGGAGAUUUUCUUUCGCAUUCAGCGGUACGGCAAGCAGGUUCUUCGGCGAUCUUAGUGAGUAUACCAUGUUGGACCUUUUUGUUCUCGAGGGGAUAACGCGGUUUCGUCAAAAAAGAGUACUUCGGUUUGAAGGCGAACCAUCAAUUGGGAGCGCGUGUGUACCCUCUAUUGUUCUGCGCGCACCACCUCAUGUUUGCACCCAUCACGCCUGCCAUCGAGGUGGCCAGUUUCGCUGAGAGGGAGCUCUUGGAGCCAUCAAUGUAUUCGUCUUCAUCUGGUCUACCAUCGUCUACGACCCAAUUUAAGGACACCCAAUGCCCUGGUCCCCAGUCUGGCGCCGGAGACCACACAAACCCUUUUCUACCUUCAUCCUGAAGAAAUCAAAUCGGAGCAACACCACUCAUUCAUCCAACAACGCCACCACUCCCCUCCCAAAUCCUAAACCGCCUAACCUUCUCCCCAACCCACGGAACGUCCUCAUCCCAAUGCGUAAUCACAACCACAGCCUGUCCCUCCCCAAUCAAGUAUAUCUGCACGUCACUAAUUAUACCCUCGUCCAUCCCGCUCCAAACUUCGUCGAGGAGCACCAACGGAGGCCGGGAGACCAAGGCGCGCAUGAGGAGUACGAUACACUGCUUCCCAGGGGAGAGGGUCGUGAAGCAACGGGAUGCGAAGUCUUUUCCCGUCUCGGGAGUUCCUGU